UGUCAGAAGAAACGAACCAAUGGUGUUGCGAUUCGUGGUGUAACUGCUUUGGCAUGCAGCUGCUAAGGUUUGACAGUUUUUCGGUUCGACAUCAUCAGCUGGAAUCUUUUCGAAGGUAACGUUAUGGAGACCUGGUGAAGCUCCAGUAUGGCCUCAACCCAGUCUGUGUUGCUGCUAGCAGUGUGCAUCCUGAUGAUCACAGAGUUCAUUCUGGCUAAGGGGGACUACUACGACAUCCUGGGGGUGCCCAGAGAUGCAUCCCAGCGCCAGAUCAAGAAGGCCUUCCACCGGCUGGCCAUGACACACCACCCUGACAGGAACAAGAGCCCAGGGGCCGAGGCCAAGUUUAGGGAAAUAGCAGAAGCAUAUGAGACGCUAUCAGAUGAUCAGAGGAGGAGGGAGUAUGACCAAGUUGGCCACGGGCCAUCUGAUUGGGAGAGAGCAGGAGGAGGGGGAGGGGGCAGUCAGCACUUCAACCACAAGCCCUUCAGCUUCAACUUUGACGACAUGUUUGCAGACUUUGACUCGUUCGGCCAACAACAGCAACAGCAGCACCACCACCACCAGCACUCCCACCACAAGAGGCACUUUGAGAGUCAGUUCCAUGCCCACCAGGAGGCCUCCCAGGGCAGACACAAGAGGCCACUCCAGGGUGGCUUUGGAGGUGAAGGACUGUUUGAUGACAUGUUUGAGGACUUGGAGAAGAUGUUCUCCUUCAACGGGCACUCUGCAAGGACUGAGAGCAGGUUCCAAGGCUCAGCAAAGCAUCACUGCAGGACAGUGACACAGCGCAGAGGGAACAUGGUGACAACAUACACAGACUGCUCUUGAGGCAAUGCCUAGCCCACGCUCUGCCCAGAUACAUCCCCCAGAGCGCCCAAACGCAGAGGCCCUACUGUGUUUUCUAGAAAGGAUUGGAUAUUUAAGUAAGAUGGGGACAGAUCAGCUAGCCUAUCAGAGGUUAGCUGAGUCUGCUCCUGUCCAAUCCCCUUUAAGACCUACACGUUUGUGUGAUUGCUGGGAGGAAGUAUCUGGACAAAGAUUUUCAAACAUAAUAUUCCUAUUUUCACUUAGGAAGUAGGAUAGAACUGAUUGGUUUUGUUUUUGAAUUGAUGUUAAAUUAUCACUUUUUGAGGGAAUGUGUGGUUAGGAUUAUUAUCUCUACAAACAAACGACUUUGAUUUCAUGGUACAAUAAGAGGCUUGGAAGCAAUAAUGCUCAUGUUUGACCCUGUCAAGCUGGACUCAUCUUUUAUUUUGAAAGUCGUUGCAUGUUGCGUCUGACUUAGGUUUGAAUAGUUUUUGUUUACAUCAGUCAGUCAGAGACUAUCAUAUUGAUGCCUUCACCCUCCAUUCUCAGGAUUUAGCCUACCAUAUUUAGACCACAAAGUAAUAAGGUUUCUUCAGAGACGUGAGUUUCUGAGCUUUGUGAUUGGAUUUUUCACUUGAGAAUGGUAGGCUAUUGUGAAUAUUUUUACCAACAGGGCACCAAAGUGCCAAACCCUUUAAGAUUGUAUUAAUCCAAUUUUGUAUUAUUCAACUCAGAGGAAUUCCAUGUAAAGGACAUCUUUACACUUCUCUAUU